AUGACCACCACCAUGUGCACCGUUUUCUUCGUGAAGCUGGCAGAGAAGGUCUGGGAUUUGAGUGUGAGCGCCACGGGUCUUUGGCUGGCCAGCGCUAUGGUUGUCGUGGCUGUGAUGAGUUUCCUCAGCAGUUUCGUGACGCCCUACGUGGAAGAUCGUCGGGGGUUGUUAAUCAGCUCCUUGCUCGCCUGUAUCGGUGCAACACUGACGUUCUAUUUGGGACAUGAGUGGACGACAGCCUCUAUCACCAUCUUCGUGGUUGGCUUUCUGCUGAUGCAAUCCUGUUCAGGGGUGGUGAAGAACUACGGAUACGCGCUGGCACCGAAGAUUGUGGCGCCACACCUCAAGGAUGCUGCAGGCACGCUGAACCUGAUCGUUUUGCAGCUGGGUCGGGGCACCGGAGCACAGCUUGGCGCGGUGAUGAACACCACUUUUUUCGCGGCCUCCCAGGAGCUUCCAUGCCAUGUGGUUUUGAUCCACGAUCCAAGAUUUACAACGAUGUCCACUCCGAAUGGUGAAUGUUCUGCGCCCAUCAGGCUAUGUGAAAACGUGAGGGUUCUGAAGACUUCGAGGUACCUGGAGUCCUUCGAGAACUGCUCGGAGUGCUGCAUGAUCCCUGCCAGCUUGACGAUGGCAGGCUUGCGCACCCUCAGCAACCAGGAACGGCUCCAGCAAGCUGUGGAGUUCAUGGGCCGCGCGGCGAAGGAGAACUGGGUGGAUCUCCUGCUGUGGAACCCAUGGCCCGUGCUUGACAUUUUGGAAACGUUCCUUCCAUUUCCUCAGCGUGUCAGUCAGCUGGUGGCACUACAACCCUUUGCGGAGGCAGAGAAGUGUUUUUUCACAGAGUUCCUACCGUCCACAUCGACUGCUGAGCCGGGACCGCCGCUGCUGUCGAGUUCCCAGAAGAUGGCGCCGUGCCGCGGCAGAGGCGUGGCACGGGUCGUCUUGAGAGGCCGGAGCUUCGUCUGGCGACGAGGGGAUUUGGCCACCAAGGAAGGUCAUUCGGGUCUACCGGAGUCAAUACUGGAGCAGAUGAUGGCGGCCAUGUCCCACAUGGAGCACUUGGUGUAUCCGCUGGAGGACUUGGGCUACGAGGUGCAGGUCUUGGGGGCCACCUAUGCUACACCCUAUGUGGAGCGGCUACAGGAGGCCUACGGGCACCACUUGGUGCAGAACUUCACGUUGAUGACGCCACCGGGGUCGCAAUUCGAAGGUCUGCAAGCGGCCUUGAAUUUGUUGGAUGGGACCAACCAGCCACCAGCCUGCCUUGGCCCCGUGGUGCUGCUCCGCUUCGAUCUGGUUCUGAAGCGCUCCUUGGGUCCCUUCCUGCAACGCGCCUGGCGUCGGGGACAGGAAUUUCUGGCGCCCUUUUGGUGCGAGGGCAACUCCUUUUCCAAGAAUGUGGGCGGCGGCCUUUGCAUCUCAGACGUCCUGCAGGUCUUCCCAGGUGAAGCGCUGCCCGCGAUCUGGGACGUUCUGCAGGAAGCGAAGGGAGCGAUCCAUUUUCACCACUGGAUGACCCUGCUGGUCGACCAGGGCAACAUCUUGCCAAGUAAAGUGGGUGUCCUUGUGCCGCAGCGCUUCAUCACGGAUCCAGCGGCGCAGUGGAACCCCCUCUAUGACUUCGCCAACCGCGAGCGCAAGCCGCCUUCGUUGGAGCAGCGGCAGAAAAACUGGACGGUGGACCUGUGA